CGGGCGGUGGGAUGGCGGCGGCGUUGCUGCUGCUGCUGCUGCUGCUGGCGGCGGCAGGGCCCGGGCCCGGGCGGGCGGACGCGGGGCGGGAGCGGCGGGACGCGCUGCGGGAGGAGCUGCUGCUGAGCCCGCUGCCCACCGGCGAUGUGGCCGCCACCUUCCAGUUCCGCACGCGCUGGGACGCGGACCUGCAGCGGGGCGCAGUGUCUCACUACAGGCUCUUCCCGAAGGCGCUGGGGCGGCUGGUGGCGGCGCUGGGCGUGCGGGAGCUGCACCUGGCGCUCACCCAGGGCUUCUGGCGCACCCGCUACUGGGGGCAGCCGCCCCUGCAGGCCCCCGCUGGCGCUGAGCUCUGGGUCUGGUUCCAGCCCACGGUCACCGAUGUUGACAAAGCCUGGAAAGAACUGAGUAACAUCCUUUCGGGAAUAUUCUGUGCUUCUCUCAACUUCAUUGACUCGACCAACACAGUGAUUCCAACAGCAUCCUUCAAACCCCUGGGUUUAGCCAAUGGGACAGAUCACCAUCUCCUGCGUUACGCUGUCCUGCCCCGGGAAGUCGUCUGCACAGAGAACCUCACCCCUUGGAAGAAGCUGCUGCCAUGUGGCUCAAAGGCCGGGCUGGCUGUGCUGCUGAAGGCUGAGCGCCUGUUCCACAGCAGCUACCACUCCCAGGCCGUGCACAUCCGCCCCAUCUGCAGGGAUGCCUCCUGCCUGGCUGUGUCCUGGGAGCUCAGACAGACCCUCACUGUGGUCUUUGACUUCUUUUCCAGUGGCCAAGGAAAGAAAGACUGGUCCCUCUUCAAGAUGUUCUCUCGCACGCUGACUGACGCGUGUCCUCUGGCCUCGCAGAGCAAAGUCUACGUUGACAUCUCCCCUAAGAACAAGGAAAAGGAGCUACUGGAAGUGUCCCCCCCUCCAACAUCAGUACAUGAAGCUAUUGUCCAGGGAGACAAGAAAACCUACGCUGUGUAUGACCUGCUGAGCCCCUCGCCCUUCAACACAUCUCGCAGCCUCAAUGUGCAGCUGAAGUGGAAACGGCCCCAAGACAGCUCGGAAAUGCCCAUUCCCACCCUCCACGCUCAGCGUUACGUGGGGGGGUACGGGCUGCAGACCGGGCAGAUCUGCACCCUCAUCUACAACACCCACCCCUACCGCGCCUUCCCCGUGAUCCUGCUGGAGACUGUGCCCUGGUACCUGCGGCUCUACGUGCACACCCUGACCAUCAUCACCAAGGGGAAGGAAAACAAGCCCAGUUACAUCCACUACCAGCCAGCCCAGGACCGGAGACGGCCUCACCUCUUGGAAAUGCUGAUCCAGCUGCCAGCCAACUCUGUCACCAAGAUCACAAUCCAGUUUGAGAGGGCCUUACUGAAGUGGACAGAGUACCCACCUGACCCCAAUCACGGCUUUUAUGUUGGUUCAUCUGUGCUCAGUGCCCUGGUGCCCAGUGUCACUGCAAUGAAGGACAUGGAUGUGGAGCAGAGCCCUCUCUUCACCUCGCUGUUUCCUUCCGAUGGCUCCAGCUAUUUUGUGCGCCUGUACACGGAGCCGCUGCUGGUGAACCUGCCAACACCAGACUUCAGCAUGCCCUACAACGUCAUCUGCCUCACCUGCACCGUGGUGGCCGUGUGCUACGGCUCCUUCUACAACCUGCUGACCAGAACGUUCCACGUGGAGGAGCCCAGCCGGGGCGGGCUGGCCAAGCGACUGGCCAACGUCAUCCGGAAAUUCAGGGGGGUGCCCCCAAUCUGAGAGAGCCAGGGCAGCCAGCACUGCCUGCAGGGCUCUCUGGGGAGACAGACAGCAGGGCACUGCUGCCUCUUGUCUUGCUGGAAGCAGCUUGUUGUGUUUUGCUGCUGGAAAAUCUCUUUGGGAUCCAGUAAGCCGAGAGAUCACUUCCAUUGCUAAGAUGGGAAAUGGCUCUAAGCCCAUUGACUACUGAACUGCACUGCUGUGGGACUGGGAAAAGUAAAAGACUUCUGUUUGGGAGAGGUGUAACUUACAUGCUGGGAAUGGUGCUGCAAGUAAACUGGAGUGUUUUGUA